UCCAAUCGCCAUUAAUGCGUUCACUACGUAUACACGGAACGAUCAUGGUAGUAACUCACUAAAAUUAUCGCAUCUCUACACGGUAAUUUUGCGUGCUAGUUCGAGAUCGAGGGCUCGAUGAGUGAUGAGAUUUUGACUUGGAAAAUACACUCGAAACCAUUCUUAGCUUUAGAGGCCUUCUUCAUCUAAAAAGCAGAGUGGCAUACAGUUGGAGUGUUGACUUUAAAAUUCCCAAACCUAAAAGAUAGAAAGAGGAAUUUAUUCAUAUGAUGGACGUACUUGGUGCGCUGGACGGGCCGUCGGGACUGCAACUUGCCCCCGAGGAUGAGGCGAGCGGAGAUGCCGAGCAUGCAGUUGAUUUACCUUUAGCAGAAGCAAAUAAAGCAGCUUUGGAUUUCUUGAAUUCAGUCACAACAGCCGACCUGCAAGAUGUGCUAUUCACAGACAGCCUGGUAGCGAUAUCUACCAUCGGCAAGGAGCUUGGAGAGUUUACAGUGACCAUCGAGCCUGCCAGGCAUCAUGGGCUAGAAUGCCUUCUCAUUCAUGCCAACAGUCAUGGAACCAUUGAUAAUAUACCCAUUGGAACUUCACUUACAGCAUAUGUUUCAAAGAACCUACAGACUUUAGAUGAGAAUCACCAUGAGUACGUAGAGUUAGAGGAUGUCCAGCUUGAUAAGAAAACACACAUCAUCUAUAAAGAUGGCCAGUACAUCCUCAACAAGGUUGUCUCCCGAGGACAGGAUAUGCAAAGAACAGCAGAGACUUUCAGUGCAGAAAGAUUAAAAGGAUUCAUUUCAGAAGGUUCCAAUUUGAUACUACAGAGGAUUAUGGCAAGGAAAGGAGUGCCAGAUAAUCUCGUCUUCGUAUCAUUUGACGGAGAAGCAAAGCUCUGGACAACCACAUAUAGAGGCCUUGACGACCGUACACAGAGAGUUGGUGAGGAUGAAGUGAUGGUGAAAGGAAUAGAGAGGACCAUCAACUCGUAUGGCAGCAUCCCUGAUACGUGGCAGUCAUACUUCCUCCCUGACGGUCACUUGGCCAGUCGAGUCCAUGUCGGCUCCCCCGUCACCAUGCACCUCUUGAGGAUACCAGAACCCCAACCGGUGGAUGAUAGGGAGGACAAGCCCACCUUCCCCAAGAAGCCUCUCAACUGGGAGGAAGACAUGCAGUUGUAUUCACAAUUCUUAGACAGAAAGGAGGAGCUCAAAGGCGACCAUGCAACCUACAUGAGGCAUCACCCAGAGCUCAAGGCGCUCCUCGCCGACUUCCUGCAGUUCCUGCUUCUCCGGAAACCUGAGGACAUCGUGACCUUCGCUGCCGACUACUUCUCCUCCUUCUCAGCUUCCACCAAAUCCGGCUCUGCCUUCGCCACCUCACAGGAACCCCGCUUCACCCAGAGGCCCACCUCACCUCACAAGAAGCAAGGAGCGUACAGCACAACGUCCAGCCACUAGUCCAUGUUUGUAGACCCAUUUGUGUAUUCCAUUAAUCCUCAAGAAACUUUGGAACAGGAACCCCGCUUCACCCAGAGGCCCACCUCACCUUACAAGAAGCAAGGAACGUACAGCACAACGUCCAGCCACUAGUCCAUGUUUGUAGACCCAUUUGUGUAUUCCAUUAAUCCUCAAGAAACUGUGGAACAGGAACCCCGCUUCACCCAGAGACCCACCUCACCUCACAAGAAGCAAGGAGCAUACAGCACAAAGCCAGCCACUAGUCCAUGUUUGCAGACCCAUUUGUGUAUUUCAUUCAUCAUCAAGAAACUGGGGAACAGGAACCCCGCUUCACCCAGAGGCCCACCUCACCUUACAAGAAGCAAGGAAGGAGCAUACAGCACAAAGCCAGCUACUAGUCCAUGUUUGCAGACCCAUUUGUGUAAUCCAUUAAUCUUCAAGAAACUAUGGAACAGGAACCCGCUUCACCCAGAGGCCCUCCUCAUCUUACAAGAAGCAAGGAGCGUACAGCACAACGUCCAGCCACUAGUCCAUGUUUGUAGACCCAUUUGUCUAUUCUGUCAAUCCUGAAACUCUGAAGUGCUGACUGACCCACCAGAUUCCUUCUUCUGCCCUCUAUUGGAGAAUACUUGUGUACCUAGGACAGCCAACUGUGAUGGGUGAUAAUUUAGACUGUUGAGUGCUGCAGUAAUUGUAGAUUGCAGAUGUUAAAAACCAAAUGAUGUAUUCAAUGAAGUCCCAUAGUUCUCAUACCUUUAGAAUUUUGAAAGCAUUUGUUUGAAAGCAUUUUUCGACAAAUCUUAUGACUUUUGUUUCUUAAAUCCGACUUUCAGAAUCACAGGAAAGGUACAGUAACAAGGUAAAUACCCAAAUGCAAAUCUACAUGAACUCUAUUGUACAUUAAUAUGUACAUGUAGCUGUUUGAUGUCAUAUAGAGGCUGGUUUGGUCCCAUUACAUGCUACCUCAAUUCUUAUUGCAUUGAAGCAUUAAUACUGUUCCCUAUUUAUUCCAAAACACUCCUUAAGUAUGACCACAUGUUUUUUUUACUUCAAAUUCAUCUUCAAACAAGGACCAAACUGGGGUCCAAAGUUCCAAAAACAGUUGUAAAUCAAUCUGAUUUCGAAUUGAAAGAUCCAUAUUUUAUAUAUAUAUGUGGAUCGUGCACAUGAUCUCAAACACUGGAAGUUACAUCCAAGAUUCUUUAGGCUUACAUUUAAAACCAUUGCCCUUUUGUCGACCACGAAUAUCAAUGAGUCAGAAUUACAAGGACUCAGAUAUUUGUUUCUAAUUCAUCAUGUCAUCGCCAUGGAAAUGGUCUGGUGUGUCUAGUCACUGCCGAGGGCCCUGUUUCAUACAACUUUUUUUAAAAUCAAGAUCAAGAUAUGAUCAUUGUUAUAAGCUACAGAAAUCCUUACAUUUGAUUGGCUACUGGCAGAUUUGCCACAGAUCUAUAGCAGAUGUCAUUGAUAACAAGUUUUAUGUAACGGGCCCCAGAUAUAGUUUGCAGGCAGGCACAAAGCCUGGUCAGUCAUUGGUGUUACACAGUGUCUGAACUGUAAGACUACUUGGCGAUGGCUCUGUGGUAGAGCAGUCAUCUCAUAACCGGGAGGUCCAGGGUUCGAAACCAAGUCAAUGCGCUCAUGCCCUUUCUUUGGUAAGGCAUGCAUCCUCAUUACCUAGUCUCUCAGAGAGGACUUAAAGCUGUCAGGUCCCCUGGUUGUUUACUUUAAAUACAAGCAUAUACAUGCUUUCUUAGCAGUCAGGUAAAAGAAUCAUCAUCAAACCAACUUAUAAUAACAGACUGCACAAUCUACUGCACCCCAUAGGCCUUGUACUGUAGCCGCUCCUGGCUCAGCCAGAGACUGACAAUUAAAGUUACUGGCUCUAUCUCGACUGGAUGGAAUUGUGUUGAAAUGUCAACUCAUUGUCUGUACCUGCAGGCAUGCUUGGAGAGCAGUUAAUGUUGCAGGUUCAAGUCCCUCUUGGGGCCCGUUUCACAAAGCCUCUUUUCAAUAAUAAAAAAUCACAAAAAUCAGUGACAAAUCUGCUUAUAACCAAUCAGAAGCAAGGAUUUCAGUAGCUUAUGACAAAAACUGUCAUUUGUCACUGAUGACAAGUUUUGUGAAACGCCACCCAGGUUUCCAUUUUUCCUUGUUUUUUUCUCAUUCAAAUGCAGAUGAGGCACACACUCUCAGAUUCUGGGAGUUACAAAAAAACAAAAACAAAACAUAUUUUGUAGUGGAAAUUUCUUCUUUACACCAUUGUAUUCUGUCUACCUGUAUUCCUAAGUUUUCCUUGUAUGUUUUGAGACUCCUAGAAAUGCCAGAUUUGUUUGUCUACCUAUAAUUUGUUUGCUGAGCGCUAGAAGGAAGUUAUUAAACUCUGUUUGAGUAUAUGAGUUAACACCCUUCUCACUCCAAAUAGAUGAUUUAUUGAAAGAAGUUAUUCAUUUAAAUACUUCUGUUCUUUAUUCUGGCUGGGUACUGGUUAGCAUCACAAAGAGGGACCAUGAAUUGUUGUUGUUUUUGUUUUGAAGUUUUUCAUUCUGCUUCAUAGUGGUUCAAUUGCAGUUUGAAAAAAACCUAUUGUGAGCCCUUAAACUCACAAAUGGGUCUUUGCAUGGCACUUUUUGUAUUGUAUAUACUAUAUAAUAAUGUAGAUGAGAGUGAAAAAUUCACAUUUGUACAGAGAGAAAGAAGAAGAUUGUAUGAUUCAGUUUAGAAUUUGAUACAUAGUCAGAGUGUAUCGUUGUACAGUGUAGAUAGAUCUAGUCUAAUGCAUUCUUUAUUCAUGAAGAGCUUUUUCGUAGUGUUGAUGAAGACAGAUAAAGCAUUCAACUAUUUACGACGAGAAAUAUAUUUAUACCAUAUUCGUUGCAAAAUGGAUUAGGGUUUCCAUUUUACUCACAACCACAUGUACAAUCUAUAAAUUGUUUAAAAUUAGUUCUUUGAAAUUAAUUUCCAUCCUAUAAUGUUUCAAAUAUAUCUACUUGGUCAACUAUUUCAGAUGAGAAGGAUAAAUGUUUAUCAUAUCCUGUGCAGAAAUGGAGAAGGGUUUCAAUUUUACUCACAUUUAUCUACAGAUGAGAGAAUACUUGAAAGGAAAAUAUCAAUCCCGUAAAAUGUUUUAAACUUGUAUUCUUGGUUAAUAUUUCAGAUGAGAAAGUUAUAUUUAUAUCAUAUCUGUUGCACAAAUUGAUGUAGAUUUAUUUUGAUUU